GGUUGGUUAUUUAUCUGUUACCAAUCUGUUACCUUUUGUUCUCUGAUUUGCUUUGCUUGUGUUCCGUGGAUUUUACAAGUUUUUUGCAUUUCUUUGGAUCGGGAAAGAAAAGAUAGAUACCAUAAUCAAGUAAUGAAUGAUAUCGAUCGAUCAUACAGUUUAGUAUUUUGUGUUUUAUAACGAUUUGCAGAGCAAUAAUAUCAUAACAGUGAAACAUGAAUAUUUCAAUUGAAAAAAAGAGAUCGGAUUGUUCUGUUCUCCCUAAAGGAUGGCAAAGAGAAGAAGUAUUGAGAAAAACUGGACUAACUGCUGGGAAAGUUGAUGUUUAUUACUAUAGCCCUACAGGUAAAAAGUUUCGCAGUAAACCCGAGCUAGUUCGUUAUCUUGGUGAUAGUAUGGACCUGUCAUGUUUCGACUUCCAUCAAGGUCAAAUAAACACAAUGUUGCUGUGCAAGGCCAAGAAAGCACGCGCUCAGUUCGAUUACAGGGGCGUGCGUUCCGACGCGUCGCUAGUGCCGCCCAUACGCCAAACUGCGUCAAUAUUCAAGCAGCCGGUGACUGUGUACAAGACACAGGAGAGCAAGGUGAAGACAGACCAGAAGCACGAACGCACUGGAGACAAGCAGGAGAAGCCGAAGCAGCUGUUUUGGGAAAAGAGACUCGAGGGUCUCACAGCGUGCGAUGCGAAUGGCGUGAUAGGAACGACUUCCCUCCCAAAGUACAUCAAACCGCUGGGACCGUACACUUCCGACGCCACCACCAUACAGUCGCUCGCAACAGCCCUACAUGUAUCAUCUCAGCAAAUUACUGGUCAAACCGGGUCAAAGCAGGCGAUCAUGGAGAACCCGGGUGUUUUUUUAAACCCUGAGCAGCCGCUGAUCGCGGCGGUCACUAUCACCAAAGAAGACGUCCGCAGGCAGGAGGAGCGGGUCAAACGCGCUCGCCUUCGUUUACAGGAGGCGCUAGCGGCCGCGUAGCAGUCGGCCGGCGACGGGGCCGAGCCGAGCCCCGUCGCCGAGCCCGCCCCCGCCGUCCUCCUCCCCCCUCCGCCGGCGCCCCUCCCCCUCACUCUCCCCGUCCGCCCCGUCUCUCCCCCUCCCCCUACCCCCGAACCGCCCGUCCUCCCCGACUCCUCCACUCAAGAGCCAGACUCCACGGAACUCUCGCCCGUGAUGGCGCCAGACUCGACGGAUAAUGAUAACGAAUGUGAACCGGAAUCUCUAGCCGAUGAUAUCUAGGAAUUUAAAUGAAUCUAAAAGAUGCGAUUGUUUGUUAGCCAAGGCUGAAAAACAAUUCAUUACACAAAUAUUACUCUUUUCUCGAAGAAGUAAAAUUCUAAUCUGAUAUCCAGUUUUGUUAUAUGGCAAUUCUCGCUAUUUUUUAGAUUUAGACCAUAUAAGCUCGUCAGAAUUAAUAUUGCUGGAUAGGGUUCAUUGGCAUACCCGAGAACAAGUUAGAAUUAAUUCUCUAUCGCGUUUUCACAUAAUGUUGAUUGAUACGAUUGCGAGUGAGUAGAAGAAACAUUGCUGCUUCUAGACUAUCCAGCAUAAUCUAUAAAUGAAUAUGAGACUUUGCUUAGUUAUGUAAACUUUGUGUGUGUUGUCGUUGUCGAACUUUCCGUUAAGUAUAGGAAACCUAGCUUAUGAUUGUAUCUGUCGCAAUAAAACACUUUAUACUGAA